GCUGGACGUGACUAAGAAAGACUUGAGUAUGGUGGACAGUGCCUUGACUACGUGGGAUAUCAAAUGACUUAUUUUCAUGAAGCUACUUAUCUCUUCAAGCAAGAGGAUGGGCAGCUGAAGUUACCAGUUUUAUCACAGGAGAUACGUCCAGCGUACCAGUCACUUUGUAAGCUGUACUCCUCCAAGUCGUUUCGUCGAAAUGAAGUGGGCUCAGUCCGUCAUCGUUACUUUACGUACAAUUCGUACGUUAUCUACCAUAGUUACGUGCCAUGCAAGGCAUAGGCGAAUGCUCGUUAGGUUUGCUGGACUCGGAUUAGGAGCUGCUACGUUAACGACCGUUGCUGCAGCAAGUGGCAAUACGAAUGCGGACGUGCUCACUCCAUUUCUUGAUGUUUCCUCCUUCAUGGCGGAACCAGUUACCCCACUUUCAACACUUGUUAAAGAUAAAGAUGACAUGAAAGUUAAGAUGGAAAUGCUCAUCAUGAAGAUUCAGGCAGAUUUUUGCCGUGCGCUUGAAAAUGAGGAAGAUCCUUCAAACAGAUUUAUCGUUGAUCGAUGGACGCGUGCAGAAGGAGGAGGUGGAGUUACUUGUGUUAUUCAAAAUGGCAAGACCUUCGAAAAAGCUGGUGUCAAUGUAUCGGUAGUGCAUGGUAUUCUCCCUGUUGAUGCUGUGCGCCAGAUGAAAGCUCGCGGAAAAGAAUUAAUUGGUAAAGAGUUGCCAUUCUUCGCGGCCGGUAUUAGUUCAGUAAUUCACCCAAGUAAUCCUCAUGUGCCUACUGUCCACUUCAACUAUCGCUAUUUUGAGGUCACCCAAGAAAAUGGAGAAAAGAUGUGGUGGUUCGGUGGUGGUACAGACCUUACUCCGUAUUAUUUAGUUGAGGAAGAUGUACAGCAUUUCCAUUCGACACUGAAAAAGGCGUGUGAUCUGCAUGACGCUGGCUAUUAUCCAAAAUUCAAAAAGUGGUGUGACGAGUACUUUUUGGUCAGUCAUCGUAACGAGUCUCGAGGAGUGGGUGGUAUAUUCUUCGACGAUUUUGAGAUGCAUUCGCAGGAAGAUUGUUUCAAUUUUAUUAAGUCAUGCGCCGAGUCCGUGAUACCGUCAUACGUUCCGUUGGUAAAAAAACACAGAAACGACCCUUAUACUGGCGCCGAGCGUGACUGGCAACUUUUGCGACGAGGACGAUAUGUGGAAUUCAAUUUAGUCUACGAUCGUGGGACAAAGUUUGGACUUUAUACUCCGGGCGCUCGUAUAGAGAGUAUUCUGAUGUCUCUUCCAGUUUAUGCCAAAUGGGAAUACAUGCAUUCUCCCUCUGAUGGAACCCCAGAAGCCAAACUUACGGAGAUAUUAAAAAACCCUAAAGAAUGGAUCUGAUUGCUGGAAAACCACAUUCACUUAGUCAUAAAUGUGCAACUUUCUGUGUAACUUCCCCAGCACUAUUUCUAUAUAUUUUAACAUAGAUUGGAAACAAUAAACGGGUAAGAAAGGUC